CAACCAUAGAAAUUUCUAUUUUCAGCCAUGGUAACGCAGCAACAACAUUCAAAAGUCCGAAACAUGGCGGAAGAAGCUGGAAGUAGUGAUCUACCAGAUAUUCAAACGAGGUAUAAAGCCUCGAUGGUGCUUAGUGGUGUUGGAGAUGCAUUAGGUUAUAAGAAUGGUAGGUGGGAAUUCAACUUUGUUGGAUCAAGCAUCCACGAUGAACUAAACAAACUAGGAGGUGUGAAUAAGUUAGAAAUAAAACCGAACGAUUGGAAAGUUAGUGACGACACUGUGUUAAAUUUGGCGACUGCAGAAAGUCUUGUUAAGAAAAGUGAUGCAGAUGACGAAUCUCUUUUUGCUGAAAUUGCUGCAGCAUACAAAUGGAUUGUAGUUAGAGACAUGGCAGGAAGGGCACCUGGAGCGACAACUAUGAACAGCUGUAGCCAGUUACGCCCCCAAAUCCCUGAUGGUUAUCGAAUACCCUUUAAUCAACGAGGUGGAGGAUGUGGGGCAGCAAUGAGAGCGAUGUGUAUAGGGCUAAGGUACCCGGCCGUCGAUGAUGAAAGGUGUUUAGAGAAGCUUAUCAAAAUAAGUAUAGAAUCAGGUAGAAUGACACAUCAUCAUCCAACAGGGUAUCUCGGCAGUCUUGCAAGUGCCCUUUUUACAGCCUUGGCAGUAAAGGAGGUUCCUGUUAAAAAAUGGGGCUUGAAACUCAUGGAUUUACUUCCACAAGCAUUAGAUUACAUUAGAGAAAGUGGGUACUUUGUUAAUGAAAAUAUUGAAGCCUGGGAAUAUUUUAAGACUUCAUGGGAGAAGUAUUUGCUGUUAAGAGGUAUACUAGAUGGGCAAACUGAGCCAAAGUUUCCAGAUAAAUAUGGUGUUGCAGAGCGUGAUUUGUUCUACAAAUCUCUUGCUUUCCAGAAUUGGGGUGGAUCUAGUGGGCAUGAUGCUCCAAUGAUUGCAUACGAUGCACUUCUUGCAUCUGGCAGUGACUGGGAAAAACUUUGCCAUCAUGGAAUGCUUCAUGGAGGAGAUAAUGAUUCAACUGGUGUUAUUGCUGGGGCAUGUUUUGGAGCAAUGUAUGGGUUUCGAGGAGUACCUGAAUGUAACUAUAAAAAAGUGGAGUACCAUGACAGACUUAAUAGUGCAGGCAGUGAGCUGUAUAGCAUUGCCUGUGCUGACAAAUACAUAUGAUGAACAUAAUAUUCAGCUUUGAAAGCAAAAUCUUGGACUAGUUACAGAAAAACAAUAUUGAUUAUUUUCAUGCACUUUGAGAUUAAUGUACUUACAUAUAUGUUGAACCAACUUUUAAUCAUUUAAUACAUAUUAAGAAAUAUAAUAUGUACAUUAAUUCAUUAUAAUAACUUUUGGAAGAUCAAAACACUUUUGUCUAAAUGUUAGAUUAGUUUAUACUCCCUUUGGAUUUACCAUAAUUUUUUUAAAGAUGGUUUAGGAAAUAUUUUCAUCAAAAGGUGAUUUAGGCACAAGAUAACAGGAAUCUUGACCAUCUUAAUUACAAUUUUGAUAUUUAGAGAGUCAUCUAAGUAUUUUUAUCAGAAGGUUUUUUAUCCAGUUAAUUCCCACUUGUAUUGACCUUGAAAAUAUUUUUUAAAGUUAUUCAAUCUUAAUUUCAAUUUUUAAAUCUAGAGAGUCAUCUCAGUAUUUUUAUCAGAAGCUUUUUUAAUCAUAUUAAUUCUCACUUUGAUCAACCUUGAAAGUAUUUUUCUUUUAAAUUUCUUUUAGGUGUUUUUCACUCAGCUAUGCUAAAUUGAUCAAAAUGACUUGCUUGAAGGUUUUUUAUAAUUUAUUCAACUGCUUGGAAAACAUUUUUGAAUGAUUUAAGGGUGAUUAAAAGGAAGUUUCAAUGAUAUAUUUGAAACUAAAACUUUGGUUUUCUACAAGAAUGGCCCAGACUACGUUAUUUAGAUUAAUAAAAAAUAUCAUUUUUGCACUGAGUAUGUUUUUAUGUCUUUUAUUUUGGCUGUAACAACAGCUGUUUUUCACAAAGAGAAUUGUGCAUUGGUUUAUAAAUGAAAGUAGAUUAGAUUGACAUGGAUCAUUUUUCUGUAAAUUCAUGUAAGUUUAUACAUAGAAAAACUUUGGGAAGGGAAAAAGGAAAGAAUACCAGAAAUAAAUUAUUCCAUCUAUGGCAAGAGAUGUUGAUGCUAGCUUUAAGAAAUAUUACAACUGGGAUAAACUUUUGGAAAAGUUGAUACAACAAAUUUAACUGGGAUAGUUACAACUGGGAUAAAACUUUCGAAAGGUUGAUAGUGAGUUUUGGAAUCUGGAUAAAAACUUACAAAUUGGGAGGAAAAGCAAUUUCUUCCCAAAUAAGAUUAAAAUGAGCCUUUU